AUGGCAUAUGGCAACGCAGCGGGCAGCCCUGGCUCCAUCAAAUCUGAGGGUGGCUCCGACGCGAAGCCAGCGAGGACACAGAUCUCGUCUUUCGGUGCGGACGAGGAGCUCGUCCGGGAGCUGCCCCCCAACUGGACGCUGCGGAGGUUUCAAGAGGAGGUGAGGAAAGUGGUCGCCGACUACUUUCAGGCCCUCACGGUCACGCAGGCGGCCUCGCAGGUCCAAGCGCUGCUGAAGGACUGCCCUUCUGAGGCCGACGAGCUGGGCGCGCUGGCGAUCCGGGCGGCCCUCGACCGCGGGGAGGCCGCGCAGAAGCCGAUGGUCGACCUCCUGUGCAAGCUCACUUCUGUGCAGGCGACCGGCCGCUGUUGUGGGUGCGCGUGCGCGCGCGCCGGAGUGUCGAGCGACAAGCAGUCUGCCUCACCCUUCAGGACCACUCAGCAAAGCGGGAACUGA